AUGCAUUUCUCUACUCUUGCUGGCAGCUUUGCUGCUCUUGUGGCGAUAGCUAAUGGAGCUCUUGUCUCUGUCCCAAAUUGGGGUACAAGCACUACCAACCCAACUGGAAUAGCAAUGAGCAUCUGGGUUCCCACGAAACUCGCCACUAAGCCAGCCAUCAUUCUUGCUCUCCACGGUUGCCUCAGUAGUGGUGCCUCCUAUGCGCAACAAGCCAAAUACGGGCCACUUGCUGACACCCACGGUUUCAUCGUCAUCUACCCGAGUUCAAGCCACGACAACAACUGCUGGGACGUUGCUUCUACCAAAUCUCUUACUCGAGAUGGUGAAGGAGACUCCCACGGUCUCGCAAACAUGUUGAAGUACACGAUCGACAAGUACGACGCUGAUCCAAAGAAGAUCUUUGUGACGGGAUCUAGCUCCGGCGGUAUGAUGACCAACGUCAUGGCAGCCAUAUAUCCAGAUGUCGUCACUGCUGGAAGUGUCUAUUCUGGUGUAGCUGCCGGCUGCCUGGCUGGCUCUCCCGGUUCCUCUCCCAUAACUGCAGACCCCGCUUGUGCCAAUGGUCAACAUAUCAAGACUUCAGCGCAGUGGGUCGCACAAGUCAAGGCCAUGUACCCUGGCUACAAUGGCACCUAUCCCAAGAUGCAGACAUGGCAUGGGACAGCUGAUACCUUGGUGCUAUAUGCGAACCUAGGAGAGCAGAUCAAGGAAUGGACAGGCUUGCUUGGGGGUGCAGCGGGACCGUUAGCUUGGACCAAGAAUGUUACGAGUAGUCCUCAAGCGCAAUACACGCAGAUGAUAUAUGGUGAUGGGACGCUGUUUCAGGCAUACAGUGCAGUGGGAGUUGGACAUACUGUGCCAGUGCAUGAGACGGUUGAUCUAGCUUGGUUUGGACUUACGUAG